AUGGAGAAAAAUACACCAGAUGCACAAACAAGAGGAGGAGACCAUUCUAAUGUUAUAGACAGCAAGACUAAAACAAUACCACACCAAGAAGACACGGUGCUGCAGAUGAGAAAUGCAAUGGUGCCUCUUGAAGAGGCAGUUAAGUCAACCCAUCAGCCUCCAUUUGCGAGCACUGACACUUAUUUAAAAAGGUGCAAACAGUUAGAGAAGGAAAACAAAGAGGUUACGUAUAAACUGACAAAAAUGGAGAAUUAUUGCCGGGAGUGCAAAACAGAGCUGCAGACAUUUGUGAAGAGAUUCAAGGAGUUUAAAACCAUCAACAACGACCUAGACUUAAAGAACAGACAGUUGCUUAUUAAGAACCAGCAAAUGAGACAAAGGAUCACGGAAGUCUUAAAACACGAUAGACCUCAGUCUGAAGACCUAAAGAGAAUCACCAAGUGCAGUGAACACCAUUGUCAGGAGAAGCAGCAACUAAAAGAAACAAUCAUCCAGCUCCAAGCACAGGUAAAGCACUUAACGGAACAAGUCAUGGAUGCUCACAGAAUACAAGCCAAGACUUUACAGGAUUCAGAAAGGAUCCAAGAGGGUGUAAACCAAGAGAGGAAGAUCCUAACUGAACUACAACAGGAAAACCAGACUCUUAGGGAAAGACUGGAGCAUUACUUUCAGACAAUAAAAGAUGCUGAGAAUAGAGCAGAGGGAGCUCAGAAUGAACAGGUUGAACUAGAGCACUGCCUGCUCGCUGUGCAGACUGAGAGGAAUCUACUGCGGCAAGAAGUAAUGAGGCUCCAUAAGGAAUAUAUCAGCCUCACU